AUGUCUGGAUGCUACCAAAAACACAUAUCUGUUCAUUCUGCUCCACCAGAAAAACAUAACCUACCAGGCGUCAGCUACCCGCGAUGGUUUGGAGGUUCUGCAUCCUGUAUGGCUGUAGUGGUCUCUCACCCUUUCGAUUUGAUCAAGGUUCGCAUGCAGGCAAUCAAAGGUGGUGCUAACCAUGGCUUUGUACGAAUUGGAUUCGAAAUAGUGAAAGGCGAAGGCAUGAAGGGACUUUACUGUGGGGUAUUGACCUAUGGAACGACCCGUAUUGCUCUUUACGAAGAAUUCAAGAAGAUGGGGGACGGCAGAUCUAUGGAUGUGCCAACGCUGGCUGGAAUGGCCGCAAUUUCUGGGUUUUGUGGUGCUCUUGUGGGAACACCUUCCGACAUCGCAAAUAUUCGCAUGCAAAAUGAUCGUUCAUUACCGCCCGCAUACCGCCGCAACUACCGCAACGUGAUUGAUGCAUGGUUACAAAUGAAACGGACAGAAGGCUGGAAAUCUUUCGCCCAGGGUCUAUGGCCCAACUGCUUCCGCUGUGCAAUCAUGACUACCAGUCAACUUGUUUCCUACGAUAUAUUUAAGACAGCAUUGCAAUGGAGCCUAGGGAGUAAGAGCGAAAGCACAUUGAUCCACCUUUCAGCAUCCUUACUCGCUAGUCUUGUAGCCACUACACUCGUCAGCCCUAUGGAUGUCAUACGCACCCAGUUAAUGAGCUCCUCCCAAAGGACGUCUCUUUGGAGGAUUCUACAGGGUCUUAUGCAGGCAGACGGCUGUCGCUGGGUAUUUCGGGGCUGGACGCCGAGCUUUGUUCGUCUAGGCCCACAAACCAUGGCCACAUUAGUAUUCUUGGAGCAGCACAGGAAGAUCUACCGAUCAUGGAAAGGGUACAAAGGUAUUAGACCUUGA